AUGGAGAAAGUUGGAAAUCGUGGGAGGCGCACCAAACCUAAGGACUCGGCUGGUCCGUCGAAAAAUAUGAAUUUGGGUUCCAUCGACUCUGCUCUUGCUCCUGGACUGGAAGGAAACGACGCAAGAAGUGCAAAGGGGCAGAAAACCCACGCUUCACUCGAUACAAGCAGAACGAAUACCGCUGGUAUGCUAGUCGAUUUCGGCACUGCAGAUGGACCUACGGGCUUUCGCCCUCCACUAGACAGUAAUCCCGCCUUGUGUGAAGAUCUUGUUACCUCUUCCAACAGUGCCACACCCAAGAUUUCAGGCCCUUCAGGCUCCGGCGUCUUAUCAGCGCCUGUACACCACGCAGGGAUAGAAGGUGAACGGUACUGUUCUCAACAUGCUCGCCCAUUGGGUGGCGUGGGCCCCAUGGCCAUUACAGGUAACGGCCGCGAACCGGGAGAAAACAACUUUUUUCCAAAUGCUCAUGACUUUGCCAUCAGCGGCGGCACGUUCAACCUUAUCAAUAAUCACGAGGACGAGGCUACGAAGACUUUACAGCUUGACCUCGCAUGGAGCACCGAGAGAAAGGUGGAUAACAUACUCGCCGAAUUCAGGCUCACGAAACUUGACCCUCUUCUCGCUCGUAAGGCUAUCUACGACGCUGACUUGGGGGCCGGGGCGACAGUGACCCGUGAACCAUGCACCGCAGGCACUCGGGAGCAGAUUCUAAAGGACAUAAUUGCAUGGGCUGACGACAUCUCGGCGGACAGCCCGCCUGUCUUCUGGCUGACCGGCCAAGCUGGUGCUGGAAAGACGACGAUCGCAUAUACCAUUGCCGAACACUUCGAUGAGCUUGAAGACAGUGGACGGCACACCGUCUUGGGCGGGAACUUUCUCUGCUCCCGCCAAUUUGAGGAGACAAGACGACAGAUCCAUAUCAUUCCUACCCUUGUAUACCAGCUUGCUCGGAAGUCGAGAUCAUACGCCGAAGCCUUGCAUGAAGCAGAUAGGUUUGACUCGGUCAACAAGCCAACCAAGCAAAUGAAGGACCUCCUUGUGGGCCCAUGGCAGCAAUCCGAAUCCGGACGUCAUGUGGAGCUCCCACCUUACCUCAUGGUCGUUGACGCAUUGGAUGAGAUCGAGGCCGAUGGAGGGUCUCUAUUUCUGCAAAGCUUACUCGAGACAAUCAACCAGCAUCGCCUGCGAGGCCUCAAGUUUCUUAUCACGAGCCGGCCAGAUCGUCGCGUCGAGGACCUGUGCAAGACCUUCUCGUCCAAGGCGGUCUGCCGCCUACAAGACGUGCCGAUUGAGCGUGUGGGACUAGAUAUCACGCGGUACUUAGAGAGCAAGUUUCCAAACUUUGUAGACAAGCUGGAGCUCAAGACCAUGGAACAGCUGGCAGGCGGUCUUUUUAUUGCCGCCGCAACCAUCGUGAGGUAUUUGACACCAUGCGAAUUAUCGGAAUCCGAGCAAAGCAAACUAUUGAGCAGCCUGCAUGAUGAACAAACACUUUCACCAUCCGACACACAGCAGCCCUUGCUCAUUGACAACCUCUACCAACAAAUCAUGCUUGAUGCCUUUUCUAACCUUCCCCAAAACCUCUUCCACUCUCGUUUGCGCAUUCUCCAUACCUUCCUCUGUACAUUUGAACGCACGCCGGCCUCUCUUACUGCCACCCUCCUCUCUGAAUCUGUUGACACUGCGAUGACCGUCUUGAAGAAACUUCAUGCAGUUCUCUAUUGCAAAGAUGGCCGGGUUCUUUGGUACCAUGCAUCAUUUCCUGACUUCAUCUUCAGUCACACUCGUUCAACAUUCAAGCUCAGUGGCCAUCAGAUGUCCACGACAUGUGAUCAGGCCCAACACCACGCUUUUCUUACAAAAUGUUGCUUUGACUGUAUGAAGGAGUUAUUAUGUUUCAAUAUCAGUGAAAUAACAUCCUCGUUUUUACUUGACACCGAGGACCCAAAGUUGAUGCAGAGGGUUGAGACCAAUAUCAAACCUGUCUUGAAGUAUGCCUCUCGGCACUGGGCUCAGCAUUUGGCCCAAACCAAUCAAAAGAAUGGGGAGGAUCUUGGUGACUGUAUCACUGACUUCCUUCGUAUUCGCAUUCUCUUUUGGGUCGAGGCUAUGAACCUACUUGGAUCCAGUGGUCAGUGUAGCACAAUGCUUCAGCACAUGCGUGAGUGGGUUCUGAAGAAUAUCAAUAAGGAAGCUGAGCUUGCUGCCAACAUUGCUGAAGCAGCCAAUUUUGCCACCUACUUCACUGCAAAUCCACCAGCUUUGUCUACACCACACUUGUAUAUCUCAGCAUUGGCAUCGUGGUCGACUCAAUCAACUAUGUCUGAGCAGUGGAAACAAAAGUUCUGUGGCAUCCCAUCCUUCAGUCAUAGGAAGGCUAGUGAUUUGGCACUGAUAGUAAUCCAAAUGAAUGAAUCAGUUGAUUCUGUUGCCUUCUCCACUGAUGGCACCUGCAUCAUCUCUGGCUCAGCUGACAACUCUGUGCAGGUGUGGGAUGCAUCAACUGGGGCUGAGCUGAAGGUGCUCAAUGGCCACAUGAAACUUGUCUCCUCUGUCGCCUUCUCCACCGACGGCACCCAGAUUGUCUCUGGCUCAUUUGACAAAUCUGUGCGGGUGUGGGAUGCAUCAACUGGGGCUGAGCUGAAGGUGCUCAACAGCCACAUGGAAGCCAUCUCCUCUGUUGCAUUCUCCACUGAUGGCACCCGCAUCGUCUCUGGCUCAAGAGACAAAUCUGUGCGGGUGUGGGAUGCAUCAACUGGGGCUGAGCUGAAGGUGCUCAAUGGCCACACACACCUGUCUCCUCUGUCGCCUUCUCCAUUGAUGGCACCUGCAUUGUCUCUGGCUCAUUUGACAAAUCCGUGCGGGUGUGGGAUGCAUUGA